AUGUCAGAAAAUUUUAAAUGGAAUUUAGGUAAUAACCUAAAUAGUAACAAUAAUGAUGACUUUUUUAGUACACAACCAUUUAAUAAUAAUAAUAAAUUCGACUUUAGUAUUUUACCAGAUGAUAACAAUGAAGAUGAAUUUAGUGGUAUUGUAAAUAAUAAUAAUAAUAUGAAUAAUAAUAAUACAUUGGUUAAAGGAGAUGGAGGAAUAUUUGGAAAUACACAAAUUAAUUUUAAUAAUAAUAAUAAUAAUAAUAAUCAAUUUGGUAAUUCAUUGUUUGGUAAUACUAUUAAUAAUAACAAUAAUAAUAUGGAAGUUAAUAAUGAUAAUGAUAAUAAUAAUAAUGAACAAGAGUUUGAAAUGGAUAAUCAACAAUUACAAAAUAAUCAAAUGGAAAUGGAAGAAGAUGAAAAUCAAUUCAAUAAUAUAUUUAAUGAUAAGAGUAGAACUGAUGAUACCAUUUAUCAUAAUACAUUAGAAUAUGAAUUACAACCAAAAUUAAAUGAUGAUCCUCAUUUAAUACCAAUAGAAUUAUCUGAUACAUUUUUAAAAUUAUCUCAAGCAAAAAUUAAUUCAAUAAAUGAUGAUGAAAGUAAUAAAUUAUUUUACAUGCAAAAUAAUAGAAAACAAAAAGAACAACAAUUAAAGAAUUAUCAAAUGGAGAAAGAUACAUGGUCAAUUUUAAAGAAACUUUAUGAGUAUAGGGAUAUACAAAGAAGUAUUGAUCAAAAGGAAAAGAUUGAUAUCUCUCAACCUAAUCAAGUUCAAGUUUACAAUUAUUUAAUUAAAAAAGAUCAUAAAUUACGUGAGAAUUUAAUACUUUUAGAAUGGUUAGAAGAGAUGUCAUCACAAGUUGAACUCAAUGAUAAUGAUGCAGUAUUUUGGGAGUACACAUUAAUCAAAUUAAAGAAAUCCAAUUCCAUCACAAUGCUAACCAAUAAUCAAAUGGUGUCAGAGUUGGACCCAGAUGCAAUGUCGCGUCAAAAUAAACCAAUCGAUAAAGAUGAUGAAAAGAAUCAAUCGAGAUUCUUGAAAACCGUUUGGAGUUUCCUUAGAGCUGGUGAUAGAGUGGGUGCUGCUGAAUAUUGCACAAAUGUAGGCCAAUUUUGGAGAGCACAAACUUUGAUUGGGUUGAACUAUUAUCAAGGUGAGCAUAGUAUUGGUAAUCCUUAUUUCAACCUCUGGAAAUCCAAUUGUUUAAACAUCUCAAAGAAUUCAAAUGAUCAAUAUGAACGUGCAAUCUAUGGUCUGUUAUGUGGUAAUUUAGAGGCAACUCUACCAAUUCAAAAGAAUUGGUAUGACUACUUUUGGUGUUAUCUUCGUGUACUCUACGAUGAAUCUUUAUAUCGUGAAUUAAAACCUUACAGAUCACCUCUAUCCAUUGAAGAAGAUAUCGAUUCACCACCUUCAACUUGUAUCUCUCAAAUUAAUACACCAAAAGAUAUCUUGGAAAUUUUAAAAAAUAAUACCUCUCAAAUUGAAAUUAAAAAUCAAUCUGAAAAUCCUUAUCAUCAAAUUCAAGAAUUAAUAAUUGCUGAUGAUUAUUCAAUUUUAUUUAAUUCAUUACCAAAUUUAUUAUUAAAAAAUAAAACACCAGAAUUUAAUAGAUUUGCAGUAUUAUUAAUUUUAUUUUUUAGAAAGAGAGAACAAUAUGAAUUAAUAUCAACAAGUGAAGAUUGUCCAGAGAAUAUAGUUAUCAAUGAAUAUGUUCAACAUUUAAUUAAUAGUCAACAAUAUGAAUUGGUUGCAUUGUAUACAUCAUUAUUAAAUAAUGAAUCAUUACAAGUUGAUGUUUAUUCUAGAUUUUUAGUUAAUAUUAUUGAUCCAAAUCAAAGACAACAAUUAUUAGUAUUGGCUGAAAAGUUUGGUUUAAAUACUCAAGAGAUUGCUCAAUCCGUUGUUAAAACUAUUACUUCUGGUUCAAUUAAUACAACUUCAAAUUCUUUUGAAAAUUUAGAAUUCACUGGAUUUGCAACAACUAUUAAUAAAAAUAAACAACCAAAGAAUAAAUCAACUACCACUACUAAAGCAUCAACAACUGAAACUACUACUAACACCAACACUACCACAACACCAAAUUUAACAAAUACAAUUAUUAAUCAAGAUAGUAGUAUAACAACACAAGAUGAUUUAGUUAAAAUUAAUUCAAUCCAAUGGUUAUGCUUUGAAAAACAAUUAUUAAUUAAAGCAAUACUUCAAUCGAAUUUAUUACUUCGUGAUUUCAUCUCUUUGAAUAAGUAUGGUGCUGCAAGUGAAUUAUUAAAAUCAUUACCAAAAGAUAUUGUAAUGAUUGCAAAACAACAAAGUCCAUUAAAUGAAUCCGAUACCAAUAAUAUCAUUAAAGAAUUUAGAGAUUGGGAAAAUUAUAUAACUGCAAAUAUUCGUAUUAAUCUUUGGUUACAAAAUUAUUCAAAUCAACCAAAAAUUUCAAAUUAUUUACCACAAUCUUUAAAUAAUAAUAAUAAUUAUAUAAAUAAUAAUAAUAAUAGUUUUAAUAAUAUUAUAAAUAAUUCAAUAAUUAAUUCAUCAAUUGCAUUUAGAUUAAGAGGUAAUGAAUCAUAUGCUGAAAAAUUAGAUAUUGAAAGAAGAAAGAAAGAAUAUGAUGAUGUUUAUGGUCAAUGGAAUCAAAAUAAUAUAAACUUUGGUAAAGAAGCUAUCGUUUCAAUUCGUUCUAUCAUUAAAACUGGUUGGUUAUGUCCUUUGGAGAAUCAAAUUGGUCUAUUCAGUGAAGAUGAUCAAAGUGGUCAUGAAGUCACUUUAAUUAGAAAGAAAUGUAUUCCUUCACUUUUCAAAUCAUUAUAUACAAUUUUAGUUGGUAUAGGUUCAAUUCAAAAGAGUUCACAAUUAUGCAAUCAAAUUGCAAAUGAAAGAUUCAGAUGGUAUUCAAUUUUCUCUAAAAAAGAAUUACAAGAAAUCUUACAAUUAGUUAGAGAAAGUUCAAUUAAAUUAUUAAAUUAA